UGCCGCGUGACAGCAGAAAGCGGAAGUUACCGGAGAGGAGCAGCGGGUACGGGUGAGACAUCAGCUAUGUGGUUCCUGCUUGUUCUUCUUCCCCUCGCUGUCCGGCUGGCAAACGCAGUGGACAAUGAAUGGGUACAUCUUCCCAAUAAAUGUGAAGUCUGUAAAUACGUUGCCGUGGAGCUGAAAUCCUCAUUUGAAGAGACAUCACGGAGAAGUGAAGUGAUUGAUACUCACUAUGGCUUUAUAGAUGGUACCAAGAAGCAAACUAAGAUCAAGUACACAAAUUCGGACAUCCGUCUGAUAGAAGUCACUGAAGGCCUCUGCCAAAGACUGCUGGAGUACAAUCUUCACAAGGAACGUUCUGGAAGUAACCGUUUUGCCAAGGGAAUGUCAGAAACCUUCCAGACCUUGCAUCACCUUGUUCAUAAGGGUGUGAAAGUUGUGAUGGACAUACCGUAUGAGCUGUGGAAUGAAACGUCUGCUGAGGUGGCUGAUAUGAAGAAGCAGUGUGAUUUCCUGAUAGAGGAGUUUGAAGAUGUCAUCGAAGACUGGUAUCGGCAUCACCAGCAAGAGGACCUUACUGACUUUCUAUGUGCGCAACACGUCCUGAAAGGGCAAGACAAAAGCUGCCUAUCUGAGAUGUGGGCUGGUAAGAAAGGGGACCCUGGACCUUCAUCUGGGAAGAAGAAAACCAAAAAAGGAGAGAAAAAGAAAUCCAAGAAGGCAGCAAAAGACUCAAAUGGUAAGCGCAAUAAUGGAGCAAUCCCCGAGAAAAUGGAAGCUCUGGAGACUAAGCUUCCUCAAAGCAGAUCUAGUGACGAGCUCUGACACUGCCUCCAGCUGGAAAGAAAUUGGACUGGUUAAGAUGGCGCCUUCAACCUAGGCACGAUGCCUCUGGGUUCUAUUCCCUGCAUAUCCCUGUUAUUGAUAACACUGCCUCCUUCCUAUUUAAGUCAGCUGGUUUUAUGGAAGGAUACGGGAAGAACGGUGAAGACCAUAUGCACAUCAUGUCUAGGCUCUGAGGAUGGACCCCAUAGAUCAGGCAUGCUCAACCUACGGUCCUCCAGCUGUUGUAAAACUACAACUCUCACAAUUCCCUGCUGUAGGCUGUUCGGGCAUGCUGGGAGUUGUAGUUUUGCAACAGCUGGAGGGCUGGAGGUUGAGCAUGCCUGCUAUAGAUAAUAUAUGUAAUUACUCUGAAGUGCUGAUUCUGUUUUUAGAUUCUCUGACUUAAAGUGACUGGCCAUCUUUUUUUCUACAUAGGUCAGUAUUUAUGUGCUGGCAUAUAAUGAAGUUCUGUUUGCUUUCACUCACCACUAGGGGGAGCUUGUUGUAUAUUGUUAUGCAAUUGAAUUAAAACCAUAAACGGUAUGCAGUAAGCUCCCUCUAGUGGUGACUGCAGACAUACAGAAAUUAAGUAUAUAAAGGGGUUUCCGGUUACAUCACAUUAUCCCCUAUCCACAGGAUAGGGAAUAACUUUCAGAUCAGUUGGUUCCAACCACUGGGACUUGCACUAAUCACUAGAAUAUGGGCUCUGUACUCUGCUAGGACCUCAAAAAUAAAUGGAGCAGCAGCAGAUCAAGAAUACACACUGCCGUUCCAUUCAUCUCUAUAGUACUGCCAGAAAGAGCCGAGCACUUGUACUUGGCUGUCUCCCCGGGAGGUCUUGGAAGACCCUUUUACCUUCACAUGUACAGAAGAGGUCUAUCAUAAGUUCUGAGCCAGGCUGCCUCCAGUAUUAUUACACUGUUACAUUUAGUAGAGCUCAUGUCAUCUUACAUCUUUGACUGGUUAUUUCUCUAUCACUUACUUUUCUGCGACUCCUACCCUCAUAUCCAUCACAUUUCCCCUCUAUGCCCAUCAGUAUUCCGUUUACCAUUCUUUUCUCUCCUUUGUCUCUCGCCGCUCUCCUCGCUGUUUUUCUAGAAUAUUCUUGCCCAGUGUCCUGUGAGUUUCUUGUGUGUUGGUUUUCAACUGAUCAUGACUUUCUGUUCUGCAGACUGGUGUUAUUUUCUUACAUUAAAAUAAAGAUAUAAGUAAUAAA